AAAAGGGAGGGCAAUGUUUUUAUUUAGUUUAAGAGACGUUUACAGUCAGAAAGUGACUAUUUUAGCGUUUUUCUAUUUUAAUUAAUAAGUGUUGUUUAAUGAAAGUUUCUUCCGUUAUAAUUAAGUAAAUAUAACACUUCAUGCGUGUUGUAAGAACGAAGUGUUAGUUAGCCUCAGGUUAGCAUGUUAGCUGCAGAGUAGCUUCAGUCACUUCAUGUCUGUUAGACGGGCUCUGGUGGAUUGUGCUGUGUUGUCUCUGAAAGAUGCAUGUGUGUUUUAUCCGAGCUGUAAAGGCUGCUUCUCGAGGAUUGAUGUUCAACAGGAGGACACGACGAGAUGCAGAUGCUCUAAGUGUGGUUGCAGCUGUCUGAGGGAGCAGGUGGAGUACAGAUACCGUCUUUCUCUGAGAGUCGCCCGGGACACCUUUAUAUUUGGAAUAACAGUAUUUGGAGGCUGCUUGAACCAAUUCUUUGGUAUUCAUGCGAGUGGUUUACAGAGGUUGGUGCAGAGUUUGGAUGGAGCAUCAAACAGAUCCACGUUUCUGGAGAAGGCUGUGCAGGACUGCUUCAUUGGGAGGCAUUUCAUCUUUGGUAUUAAGGAAUCAGGAAGUGGGCCCUGGUUGGGAGAGCCUGCUGCGAAUGGCCACAGCAGUGACGCUCACUUUAUUGCCAGUCAGAUGAUUCUCCCCAACGCUGCGGGCCUCUCAGGCUGCUCUGUGGUCAGUUAUUAUCGGACCCUUCUUCAGAGAGCUGCAGAAUAUGAGCGGGGAUCCUCUGAUCCCAGCAAAGCCCCCGGACCCCAGACCCUGCUGCUGAUCCCUGAACAUUUUCCAAACAGCUUCAAUAACACGACACUAAAUGUCUCAGGUCUUUUAUCCCAGUCAUCUCAAAGUUCACAGAACCAAGACAGCACCCUUUCUCCAACCCCUCUAUGGCAACAAUCCCUAGGACUAAUUACCUCAUCAGCAGAGCAGGAGGAGAGCUGCAGCACUCAGGAGGGCAGAGAGGAGAACAGCCGACACGCAUACAAGAACACAACACCACAUCCUGCUCCCAGAGGCAGCUGGGGGAACCAGGAGGAGAGAGGUCGCGAGCGAUCUCCUUCCAAAAGUCCAUCAUUCGCCGAAUGUUCAUCCAUUGAGAAAGCUGUUGGAAACACCCCCGUCAGAGACACUUGGUUCAGUCCUCCCCCACCUGGCCUGAACAGAUCAAAGACUAAGGAGAUUUCUACCGGAGAUCUCACCAAAUCCUUUCUGUCCAGCUCCUUGGCCUGGGAGGAUUUUCCUUUCUCUGAGAGUCUUACGGAGUUUUUAAAUGAGGAAAACAAAGAUUGGAACAUUGUUAGUGAAGCAAAGCCACAUUUAAACGUGCAGAAUCAGAAAGAAACAGAAAGAAACAACCUGGAAGUCCGUUCACAGAUCGAGAACGUAUCACAUAAGUCACCUUCUGCUCGUCAAAGGAACUCACAGGCGGUUCUGGAUAUUACAAAUACACCUGCGCCGAGUGGAGGUGUUUUAUCUGACCGGGUGCAUAAGAGUCCUGUUGGAUAUUCAAACGAGAUUCAAGUCAGAAGCGUUUGUUCCCCUGAGUGUUAUCUGAAAGACGACAAAGCUAGUCUUCUAUCUUUUGAAAAUGAAGAAGAGCAGCUUGAAGAAGACUCCUACAAUUGUUCGGCAGACCUGUUCGGCAGUUCUCUUAUAAGCAAUAUGAACACAAACCAGAUCGACACACGUGCAGAAACUAAAAGCUGCCCACUGCUAUCCAAACCAAACCAACAGCACCUAAGCAGUGACAAGGAUACGCAUUUAACACCAGACAAAGAUACACUUGAAACUAAAAAGUGCAAUAACAGAGACAGUUUCAUUCCAGGCACCAUAAAGUUUGACUUCACCCCUCCCUGUCAGUCCACCCCCAUCGUAAAAGCAGCUGUGACCGGGUCAUUCGCUGAACUCAGUCCUGACAGUCAAGACUCUUCUGCUGUUCACCCAAAUCAGUCUGAUAAGGGCAGUAACAAGAGAGCCAGUACCACCUCUCCUCUGUGUCAAUCAAACAGGUCUAAGCAGCUGCCGCAGUGUGACAGAACGUCCACGAAAGAAAACGUGGAGUGGAGUACGACAUCCAGCAGACAGAGCAGCAGAUUCACCCCAAAAAGGAGGUUUUGGAAACCAGAAAAGCAUAAAGAACAUCUACUGGCUCAGCAGCAGCACCAUAGUAAUUGUGAUGUGUCGGACAAUGAAGUGAUUGUUCCUCCGAGUCCCGCUGCUGAAACCCAGCUGAGUGUGAAGCUCAGGAGGAGACUGCAGGCUGAGAACAGCAGCAGUGGUUUGGGGCGGCAGGGAGAAAAGGUGAACUGUAAAAGGACUCUGUUGGAUCAAAACCUGACAUCACAGAGAAGUUUUGAGACUGAUGAGGGGAGUCUGGAUCGAUCUAACUGUGACUCCCUUGAUGACAACGAGGCCUGUGAUUGGUCUAGAGAUCUGUUUUCUGACUCGGUCUGAAGGCCUUUGCAAAUGGAUUAUAGAAUGAAUGUAUCUUAUAAAUGUUUUUAAGCUGGCACACUAAAGAUCUAACACAUAUAUGAAAUACUUAAGAUAGGAGAGAGGCUGUUGAAGGCAGGUCAGGAGAAACCAUUCCUGUCUCACCGCUUGCUUUGUGCACUUUAAAGGAGGUAUUUACCCUAAAAUGAUCCUUUUAUAUACAUUAUACCUUACUCCACACUACAUGCCUUCACUGUUGGCCUUGUACAAUGUGCCGCCUGUGACACAUUGUUGAUUUGAUCUGCACUAAAGACUUUCUGCUGCUGCUCUCUGUCCUUAAUGAUAAGUGUAUGAUUGUGUGAGUAUGUGAUCAAUUAACUGCUGCUUCCACCUCUAAGAACCAUUGGAUAAAAAUGUUCAAAUUGA